AUGGCACCAAAGCACACUCCUUCUCCGGGCAACGACUUCUCGUCGGGAGAGUCCCCAAUGCGCCAGCCACACGUCGAGUUCAUAUAUCGGAUCGUGGCAGAGAUGGACCCAGGCGCGUCUCCGAUCCCAAACGUCCAAGGCACCGCAGUCUCGCGCAUAGUCCUUCCGAUUGUCGGCGGCACGUUUUAA